UCAUUAAAACCGUGGAAAGAAAAUAAGAUGUCCCUCUUGGUCGAUCUCCCCCGAUCGAAAAAACCCGACGACAAGUUUGGCCACGCGAUCGGAGUAAACUUGUUUUCUUGCUCCCUGUUCAUCUCAUGUCGAUGAGUCAGUUGAUCGAUAUGUCUUUCAAUCGAUCUAUAUGCCUAGGGUUUCCGAUGCUUGUUAAUCGAUCCGAAGCUUCAAUAUCGCCCUUCUUGCAUUCUUGAGUUUAAUUUCCUCAAAUUGCUGAGACACACGAGAAAGAAAAGAUUCUUUAGGAAAGGCAGAGGAUUUUUUUCCUGAAGUUAGUGCACCCAUGAACUCAAGAAGGGAUUAUCACAGCAACAGAACUGCUCUUUUUGAUGGCAUUGAAGAAGGUGGGGUUCGCGCAUACUCAUCUCAUGAAAUUGAUGAGCAUGACAAUGAUCUUGCUAUGGAAGGGCUGCAAGAUAGAGUCAACAUUCUGAAGAGAUUGACAGGUGACAUACAUGAAGAGGUUGAGAGUCACAAUCGAAUGCUUGAUCGUAUGGUACGUAGUUUACAUGUUUGUGGUCAUGUACCGAUCCACCAAUGCCUUGGUUGUUUGGUCAUGGUCAGUGUACAUGAGCAUUGCUCUGAUAUCAGGGCAAUGAUAUGGAUUCAUCAAGGGGCAUCCUGUCUGGAACAAUGGAUCGCUUCAAGAUGGGUUUUGAGACGAAGUCGAGUCGUAGAAUGGCUACCCUGGUGGCAUCUUUUGUGGCCCUCUUCUUACUCGUUUAUUUCUUGACCAAGUAA